AUGCAAUUCCGUGGAUCAUUCGAUGAACACAAGCAAGUUCCUCUUAAGUUUCUUGUUGAGUGUGUGCAGGGCCCGUUAGCAGAAAAAUGUGCUAAUGGUUCGUGGAAAACUACCCCCCUUAUCAAGUUAUAUCACAUGCUUCCUUACAUGGGGAUAAUCUGGUGCUGGCUAUCGAGGCUGGAGAUGGGAGUGACCUCUUCUGACCAAAAAGAAGGACAGAAUCAUUAUAGCAAUAACAAGUUUUUCGAUUCAUCUCCUGGACAAGUAGCUAGUCCCAUUGAUAUCUUUCAGGGCACAGAAAGAUAUGUUAAUCUCACAAGCAAGUUCAUCAAAAGAUUUGAAAUUCUGGAUUGUCAAAAUGGAGAUCUUGAGAACUUAGCUGAUGGUAGUGAGCAACCCGACAAGGGUUUAUCAGCUAGCCUUUCGAGAGGCGUGUAUGAGAUGCCGAUGAAAGUGGCUAGCACAAACAUCCUUGAAAAAGCAGAUGCUGUGAGUGAUGAUCCUGUAACUGAUCCUUCCAUUCAACUGUUUGGAAACACGGUGGUAGAGGACAGUUUGAGAGAGAAGUUAAAAGAAAAACAUGUUGGUGAUUCUGGUAAAAACAACGAAAGGAGAACAUGUCCUGAAAAUUUAGAUGAAGAACGAGUUGAAUGUUGCAAGGUUAUAUUAUCUAGUCCUCCAAGGUUGGUGAAGACUACAAAUAGAAACGACUUGUCUGAUACUUGCACAGAUAGUGAAGAUAACGAAAUGCGAAAUACAAAAAUAAGAGUUUAUUACCAUAAAAGGAUGAAAUAUACAGUACAACUUCAAGAAGCUGUACCAGAUAUAAAGGGUUUUCUCAUCAUUCUGGCGGCGCGAGAUGGAGGCAGAUUGGAGGCGAUUAUAGGCGAUUUUCAGGCGAUUUCCUCCGGUUCUUUACAUUCAAAUCUUACUAAAAAAAGAGAUGAGAAGGUAUGUGGAGUUGAGGGUUAUUUCACUAAGACGUGCAACCAAACUGGUGGUACUUCAUCAGGGGACCAACGAGCUCCGCUUGAGGCUAAAACUAAGCACAAUGUAAAAGUACAAGGUCCUUUGGAUUCUCUUAGGUCAAAUCAGCCUCAAAGAAGAUAUGAGAAGGUAUCCAGAGAUGAGGGUUAUCUUACUACCAUGGAUAACCAAACUGGUGCUGCUUCAAAUAAGAACCAACGAGCUCAACUUCAGGCAGAAAUGAAGGAAAACCAGCUAGUACUGUUUCCGGAUAAUUGUAUGCUCGAUUUAGGAGCACAGGCUACAUCAGCUUUGGACGUGGUGCAGAGUGCAUCAACACUUAUUUAUAGAAAAAUACAAGAACUGUACUCCCAACUCUGCAACACGGUGGAUGAACUAGCAUUAUGUGAAGAUAAUUUUGACAGAAUAUUGGGUGGAGACGCUGACUUGGCUCGUCAAUGUAUCAAUUCUAUCAUUAGUGGUAAGUUUCACUCACUAGUGGAGAAAAAAACACAAGUCCACCAUAAUGGUAAUCGGCCAGGUGAAAACAGAAUUUCUCAGCAUGGGAAUCCCACCAGAUUAUCCGAAGUCUAUCUUCCUGGAAAGUCAUCAUGUCAAGAUUUGGAGUAUACAUGUCAUAGGAAUGACUUCAGAGAGCCCCAGUUUCAAGUUAUACCUUCUGAUGGUGGAUUCCUGUCAUCUGUGACGGUGACAGGAAAAGAUUUCAAGCUUCAUGCAAAGGGUGGUGUAGGGUCUCAUCCUCAUGUAGCGAGGGAGACCGCUGCUGCUAAGAUGAUUUCUGAAAUGCGCAACACUUGGACCUCAACACCAGCAGCGGUGGAACCCACCAAAAAACAAAAGCUCGGGACUAGAACUCCUGCGGUGAAAGAGACCGCAGCAGCCACGUCUAAAGGACCAAAGAAGACUCGGCCUAAACGGAAGAAGCCCACGAUGGACGUCCCAACUAAUGCGCAGCCAACAUCAGUAGAAGACGGACUAGCCGACGCACAGUCAACUCCCAAGCCCGAUGCAAUCAAGGAUGAAGCCCCGAAGAGUUAUCGACCCAGGAGGAAUAGCGGGCGGCCCGCUAAGUACAAGGACUUUAGUUUUCAUUAAAAUAAUUCCUUGGAAUUGUUUUUAUCGUUUUUUGCAUUAUUUUCAGUAUAAUCAUUGAACUAUGUUGGGAUUAGAUUUAUUCAAAUAUUCUUGGGUUUUCUUCUUGAUUCUUUCCCAAGACGUAAGAGUCGAAUCAAGCAGGGUCGGGUUCUAUAAACAAUAAAACCCAUUAGAGGUCAAUUAUUGAGAAAUAAAGAUAUUCUUUCUUCUCACUCACGGUUCUCUUUGUUUUGUUGUCUCAACUUGGGUUUGAUGUCUCUUUUCUCC